UCACAGAUAUUUGACAAAGCCUUGAUGGAGCCUACCUUCUGUGAGAUGUAUGCAGAUUUCUGUGUACAUCUUUCUGGGGCGUUACCUGAUUUUAAUGAGAAUGGUGAAAAGAUUACCUUCAAAAGAUUGCUUCUCAAUAAAUGUCAGGAAGAAUUUGAGAGAGGGGAGAAAGAAGAGGAGGAAGCCAGUAGAGUAGCCGAAGAAGGACAAGUAGAACAAACCGAGGAGGAACGGGAAGAGAAAAGACUCCAGGUGCGAAGGAGAAUGCUCGGUAAUAUUAGACUUAUUGGUGAGUUAUACAAGAAAAAGAUGUUGACUGAGAAAAUCAUGCACGCAUGCAUCCAGAAGUUGCUCGGGUUUAAUCAAGAUCCUCAUGAAGAGAACAUUGAAGCUCUUUGUAAACUAAUGAGUACGAUAGGAGUUAUGAUCGAUCAUCAGAAAGCCAAGGGCCUUAUGGAUGGGUAUUUUGAGAAAAUGAAAAUGCUAUCAUGCAAACAAGAAUUGUCGUCUAGGGUGAGGUUCAUGUUGAUUAAUGCCAUCGAUUUGCGAAAGAACAAAUGGCAAGAGAGAAUGAAGGUCGAAGGACCAAAAAAAAUUGAGGAAGUGCACAGAGAUGCUGCACAAGAACGCCAAACUCAAGCUAACAGGCUUUCACGUGGACCCUCGAUGAAUUCAUCAGCAAGAAGAGGACAUAUGGAGUUUAGUCCUAGGGGGGGAGGAGGAAUGCUAUCACCUCCAAGUGCCCAAAUGGGUGGUUUCCAUGGACCACCUCAAGGUCGUGGCUUUAGUAAUCAGGACAUUCGAUAUGAUGAAAGGCCACCUUAUGAGCAUAGGAUGGUUCCAAUGCCUCAAAGGUCAGUAGGUGAUGAGCCUAUUACCUUGGGUCCGCAAGGUGGUCUUGGUCAGGGAAUGUCUAGAAGGCCUGCACUAGUAUCAAACACUUAUCAGUCUGAUGCUACUCAGGCCGGUGGUGGAGAUUAUAGG